AUGAUAUCCUGCGCUUUUGUUCUCAUAUCACGAUUUCUAAAUCCAAAUAAGCCACUGGAAAAAGAUUCAACUGGUUAUCCCUCUCACCUAGAGCGUAUAGUCAUACUAGGCAGCGAUGGCGGUAGGUCGUAUUAUGAUGCUUAUGAUAAUCCCUCCCCGGGCAAAUUUCCCGUACCCGAUACAAAAUAUAAUUUAGCUACGACGAUCAAAAAAGUAGUUAGAAAUGGUACGAAUUUAAAGGCGUAUUGUUCACACACCAUGUCGUCCGUAAAAAUUGCAGAACUACUCGGAGGUGUCAUAUCCACCGAAACCGCAUAUUAUCAUAACCCUGUACCCGCUUAUCCGAAUUAUGAAACUUGCUUGGCCCUCAUAAAAAAAUCGACGGAUAUUCAUAACGCGGAACCCAAUCAUCAACAAGGUCAAUCACCGUUGUCAGCAGAAACUCUAAACCAUUCUAAACGAUGUUCGAAUAGUGAUCUCAUCAACUUGGCUUACAGAGGUCAAAUAUCAGUAUCAGGAGCAUAUGGCUACUUAGCUCCACGAAACAGUAAGGCACAGCUGAAGGUAUUCAUGGACCAACAUGUUCAAUUUGAAGAUUUCUUGAAAAGCCAUCAUGCCAAUGGAAUAGUGAAAAAUCACGGAAAAAUACUUGUCCUAUACUUUGGCCAUCUCCAUGUUUUUAAAAAAGAUUCUAGAAACUCAAUAUGGUUCCCAGUGACGCAAAUUGGUUCGGAGGAUCAUAACGUUGAGAUCAUCUUAAAUUUUAUCCGCAAUGAUACAGAAAUUCUCGACCAAUUAGAUGCAAUUAUUCGAACAUCGCAAUUAAAAAAUAAAAUUCUGGAUUUUUGUCGUCGGAUGGCUACCUGCGAUCCCACAAUAAAUCAGAUGAAAAAAAAACAAAUGGCUGAAAUUGGCAACAUAAAAUAUUCGACUUUUGUCUGCGAUACAAAAUAUAUAUGA